AUGCCAUCGCCUGACCAACAAGACCCAUCCCUGUCUGGAAGCCCAGAGCAGCCCCCCAACGAGCCCGUCGACGAAGCCGAGGUCGAGCUGUAUGGUGGCGGCGAUGAUCCCGAACGAGAAGCCCUGUUGGCCGGACACGCCAGGAUCCUCGAGCGCAAGCCGACCUCCGUCGAGCUCCGGCUCGCCAUCCUCGCCUUCUUCUCUCUCUGUGCGGCAUCCAUCGGCUUCGGAUUGUUUGCCGGGGAGCUGGUCAAGUUCCAUAGAGCCCACCCCCCCGAUAAUGGUCAUCCGCCCGUCAAGAUCGUCACAACUACGGUCUUCUUAUCCCCUACUAAUGCCCCUUCACCUCCCAAAAACCCCAACAACGUCUGUGCUAGUGGUCCAUGUGUCGAUGCGGCAGCAGAGCUGAGACGGACGACCCAGUUGAGCGUCGAUCCCUGUGAGGAUUUUGCCAAGUUCUCCACCGCUGGACUCAGGCCGGCCGCAAGAGAGAUGAUCUCGGCGAGGGUUGACUCGACGAUCGAGCACGUUCUCUCGGGGCCGACGAGCCCCAACCCGACGCUGCGCAAGAUCCAGGCGUUCAAGUCCUUAUGCGAGAGAGAAGGCAGUCGACCGACGUAUUCAGAAUAUUCGAUCCUUUUGGACGAGGUCACGAGGCUGUGGAUGCGGAAGACGGGCUCAGAGGCGAACAGGAUUGGGGCCGUGCUGGCCUACCUGCACGCGGCCUCGCUGCCGGCCCUCUUCAAGAUAACGGUCACGAGCGGCCGAUCGAGAGUGGUGCCCCAGACGAUUUCCGUCGAAGGACUCGCGGAGGCUUUCGAAGCCAUCUACCCCGCCAACCAAGUCUCCCAGCGAGUCCGGAGUGUCCAGAGAUUCGUGGCUACCCUCUCCAGACUCGCCGCUGAUCAGGAGCCCGGCGAGUCUGACCGACUGACCGUCGAUCAGCUCCAAGCGUUGUCCUGUCCCUCCCCCUCCUUGCCCUGCUGGAUCCGCUGGAAAGACUUCUAUUCUGCACUCGAUCCGGCCCAGCCUCUUGGCCUGCUGACUGUCCAUGGACUCAACUACUUCGCCCAUAUUGCAAGAGCUAUUGCGGAACAGUCUGAGAUCGGGCUCGAAUCUUACUUCCAUUGGGUCGUCGUCCUUUCCAUGCGUAGACAGAAUUGUCAACAGGAAACCAAACUGGCAUUCGGGCCCAGUCUUCUGCAACACCUGUUCCUGAACACACCGGACCAACUAAGCAAUCUCCAUGCGCACUUACGCUCGGCGCGGUUCAUCCUAGAUUCCAUGUCCAAGCGUGCUAUCCAUUCAAAAUUACCGCGGACGAUCGAAGGCCCGCCGACUGAGUCGGACCAGCACACAGAACUCUCGGCUAUCAGGAGCGACAGUUGGGUGCAAACGGUGUACGGCUUGGAGAGGAUCAAGACCCGCCGGGAGUUCUCUGAACGGAGGCUUCGUUGGAACGUCUUGGACACCCAACCGUGA